AUGCGACUCCGUUGUCUACCCGUACCUCUGUUGGCGCUUUGUGCAGCCGUCGUGGAAGCUCUUCCUCGACAACAAGUCCUUGCUCCUCCUCUGCCGCCGCAGCCCCGACCGCUAGUCAUUUGGCAUGGUAUGGGCGACUCAUACUCGGCACCGGGAAUGGUGCAGUUUAUGGACGAGAUCCGGAAGAUACACCCCGGUAUCUUCAUUCACUCGGUGUAUCUGGACGAAGACAACAGCAAGGACCGCCAGGCCGGGCUCUAUGGCAACGUCAAUGAACAAGUCGCAUUCGUUGCGGAGCAACUCGCCAACGUCACAGAGCUGGUCGAUGGAUUUGACGCCAUUGGCUUCAGUCAGGGUGGCCAGUUUCUUCGUGCAUACGUGGAACGGUAUAACGAACCGCGAUUACACAACCUCGUCACCUUCGGCUCGCAGCAUAUGGGUAUCUCUGACGUACCUGCAUGCCGACCUUUGGACAUACCGUGCCGCAUUGCUCGCGACCGGGUGAAGCAUGGCGUAUACAGCUCGUGGGCGCAGGAGCACCUAGUACAGGCACAAUACUACCGCGACCCAGAGCAGAUGGAGCUUUACCUCUCCUCCAACAAGUUUUUGACCUCCAUCAAUAACGAGAUCGCCGACCAGCGAAAUGCGACCUACGCUUCCAACCUUGCCGGUUUAGACAACCUGGUGCUGGUCAUCUUCGCGCAGGACAAGACGGUCAUUCCGAAGGAGAGCGCGUGGUUCGGCUCAUACGCCCCGCAAUCCGAGGGCGACUUGUCCCUCGUGCCUAUGCGCUUACAGCCCCUGUACACGGACGACUGGAUUGGACUGCGUUCGCUCGAUGAGCGCGGGGCUGUGCAGCUCGAGAGCUGCGAUGGCGAGCAUAUGCAGCUGACCAGAGACUGCUGGGAGCCUCUGGUCAAGCAGCCCACCAUCCGAUCUGUGUCCAGAGGCAAGCGCGCCAAGAAGAUGCCCGUCGAGUUGAACACCGAGGCCGAGAUCAAAAACGCACCCUACGAAGGCCCCGUAGCUUUUGCGGUACAACAGACUCCGGAAUCUUAUGUGCGGCCACUGACGGUCCCGAGUUCAACUCCGCUUGUCAAACCGAGUAAACCGGACUGCGAAACGCUGAACGCCUUCUUCCUCUUCAAGACGGCCGUCUUGCCCAGGUUCAAGCAUCUCAACACCAUGCCGGAGCGCGUUGAGGCAGUGACUAGGAUGUGGUGGAGUGACUGGUCUAGACGCCGCAUGUACGAGUAUCGGGCGGCGAUCCUGUCCAUCCCUCGGGAGAUUGAGAUGGAGCGAUAUCAGAUACUCAAAGAGCAUUACGACGGCCUGGAAGAGGAGUCGAGCGGGAGGAGCGUCGCUGACGAAGAUCUAGUCAAGUCCGUGCCAAUGUCGUUCGACGAAGAGGAUGGACUAUCGGACGCGGAAAGUGCGUCGACAGGGCUCGGCGCCUUCGGGCAUAGUCGCGCUCCUACGACUCAAUGUGCGGGAGUUGGGGGCCACAGGACCGACACAUAUAUUGCAACACCUCCCAGCACGUUCAUCAACAGUACUACCACGAUUCAACAUCCCCCUUGCACGAACUACGCCCCACCUGCCGAGACACCGCCCGGCCUCGACGGUCAGCAAAGGACGAACUCGCGUGCCGAAGCUCCUUCGCCUAGUACAGUGGAUCAUCCACCCUCUUCGGCUCAUCUCGCCGCCUUCACAGGCCACCAUCCAGCAACGCCGGUGGGUCGUGACCACAAGGCCCGGUAUCACCCAUAUACGAGUUCGAACAUCCGAGUCACACAUGCCACUGUCCACUUCGCUUUUCUUCAGAACAACACCGCAUGGCUCAGCAAUGGCUCCUCUGCGACACCCUCUCCCGAGCUAGCGACAUCGGGCGUAUCAGUCCUGGCCGACUGGCAGCGUAGUUCGAGGCGGCGUCCGUCCCAGGCGUCGGCCACUGCGAUGUCUGAUCAACAGAACGCGGGGGUGUGCUCGCGCAAGAAUUCGGCCGUCGGACCUCACAUUGUCCGGCCCAGUGCUCCCAUAGUCAACGAUCAUGCUUGGCUCAGUAUGCUCUCUGAUUCACCAUACACCACGCCUGUCACGACUGGUCGGCAACAACUCGUGUCUGGCUGGCAACCGUCUCAGGAAAACGCCUUCGAGCCGGUGUCUGCUAUACCCGAAUUGUGGCCACCCGCGAGCCCACAUCAGUCAUUCACGGUGCAGACGACGGUUGCCCCGCCAACCUCUGACUCUCUGUCAGGUCUGAUCGCCACGCCGUAUGACUUUCGCAGAGAGUGCCUCCCGGUUGACCUCUCUGCCUCGAGCUCUCUCUCCUCCACUUUUGACUUGAGAUGGUGA